AAGACACCUGAUUCAAGGUCAAAGUCUUACACACAACAUGGUUCUGAAGGACAGUUUAAUUUGCCUUUGCUUUUGAAGACAAUCGACAUCCAUCGUUUUAAAAGGCUGAAAGAAAAGAAGAACAAUGACAGGAUUACUUCAAGCACAAAAACUCAAACUCAAAGACAGUAUGGAUGAGCCUCCAUCUCUGUCAUCCUCUAGGGGUCAUUUGUUUGAGGAGCUUCAGUGUUCAGUGUGUCUGGAUGUGUUCACUGAUCCAGUCAGCACUCCAUGUGGACACCACUUCUGUAAGAGCUGCCUGAACAAGAGCUGGGAGAACAGUCAGGUCUGCAGAUGUCCAUUGUGCAGAGAAAGAUUCAGUGACAAACCCAGUUUUAAGAUCAACACUGGACUUGGAGAGUUUGCUCAACGCUUUAAGCAAAGGUUAAGCCUGCGAAUAUCUGAGGUCCUCUGUGACAUCUGUGAUGGGAGAAAGAUGAAAGCCUUGAAGUCCUGUCUGGUGUGUCAGACCUCUUACUGUGAAACUCACCUGGAGCCUCAUCGAAGAGUCCCGAACUUCAUGAAACACAAACUGAUGGAGCCUGUGAUAAAUAUAAAACACUAUAUAUGCCAGAAACACGAGAGACCUCUGGAGCUGUUCUGUAGAGAUGAUCAGAUGUGUGUUUGUGUGUUUUGCACUGAUGGAGACCACAAGACUCACAACACUGUUCCUAUACAAGAGGAGAUCAAAGUGAAGAAGAUUCAGAUGAUGAAGACUCAGAGAGACAUGCAGCAGAUGAUUGAUGAAAGAACCAAGAAGAUUCAAGACAUCAAACACUCAGCAGACCUCAGAAAGGAAAGCACAGCAAGAGAGAAAACGUCCACUGUUGAGCUCUUCAGUGAUCUGCAGCGCUCCAUUGAGAGAUGUCAGGCCGAGCUGCUAGAGAUGAUGGAGGAGAAGCAGAAAGCAGCAGAGAAACAGGAUGAAGAGCUGAUUCAAGAGCUGCAGCAGGAAAUCAACGAGCUGAAGAUGAGAAACUCUGAUUUGGAUCAUCUCUCACACACUGAAGAUCACCUCCAGCUCCUGGAGAUUUACCCAUCCAUAUGCAGCCCACCAAACAUUAAGAACUGGCCUGAAACCAGUAUGAGCACUGAUGUGAGCUUGGAGACUCUGAGGAGAGCUCUGACUCAACUGCAGGAAACUCUGAAUGAGAAAGUCAGCAAAACUGUGUUGAGGAGGAUGCAGCAGUAUGCAGUGGAUGUGACUCUGGAUCCCGAUACAGCUCAUCAAAAACUGAUUCUCUCUGAUGACGGGAAGCAAGUGAGCACUGAGGACACUAAACAAAAGGUCCCAAACAACCUAGAAAGGUUUGAUAAGUGUAUCUGUGUUCUGGGAAAAGAGGGAUUCCUGACGGGGAGAUUGUAUUUUGAGGUUCAGAUGAAGGGAAAGACGGAGUGGACUUUAGGAGUGGCCAGAGAAUCGAUUAACAGGAAGGGGAAAAUCACAGUGGGUCUUCAGGAUGGAUACUGGGCUGUGGGUCUGAGGAAUGAGAAUGAAUAUUGGGCUUAUGCUGCUCCAGCUGUCCGUCUUUCUGUAAGAGAGAAACCACAGAAGGUCGGUGUGUUUGUGGAUUAUGAAGACGGUCUGGUCUCAUUCUAUGAUGUGGAGUCCAGAUCUCACAUCUACUCUUUCACCGGUCAGUCUUUCAUCAAUAGACUUUACCCAUAUUUUUGCCCCUUUCCUAAUGAUAUCUGUAAAAAUUCAGCAUCAAUGAACAUCUCACCUGUUAACUGCAGUGGAUGAUUAAAUAGACCGGAAAUGAAAUGCACAUUGAAAACAAAGCAUUGCUAGACAUAUUUAUCUGUAAUUAAUAUUUCCUGAAUUAAUUUUCACAUCUAAUUUGCUUAUUAGACACAGGAAACUACUACUUUUAUAUUUUUAAAUCUACUUAUUAAAUUCUACAUAACAUAAAAUGGGAACAUUUGCAGUUUGACAGUGUCCUGUACAUUAUUGCAGACUUACUGAAUCAUUAGGAAUAAUCCAGGACGCAAAAUAUUCACACAUGACUGAAAUAAUAAAAUCCUGGGUCCUUUCCUUACAAUUUUUAGUGAAUUAUGCAAACUGUACAAUGCUUUGAUGAUUCCAACUCAAGUGAACAACAGUGGCCAUAUUACUAUUACAGGGGCAAAUUAUUGAUUAAUAAAGACUUUUUUUCUCGUUCAAUAACCCAGUUAAACGCUGCAGGACAUAGGCCCUCCAGGACAGAGUUUGCCCACCCCUGCAAUAACCUGUAUUGCAUGUUGUAUUUGCAACAUGGAUGCUUGUUUAUUUAAUGUGUAACUAUAGGCUGCCAUUAAGUCUAAACUGUAGACUUCUAAGUUGGUGAGAUUGUGUAUAAUGUGUAUGUGUGUUUGUGGUAUACAGUAAGUUUACAAAACAAUUCAAUAAAAUUACAGAAUACAAAACAGUGGAAUAAAUGUGAGUAUUACUUUAUUUGAGGUUUUGUACACAAUAUGGAGACGAUUCAAGCUUUACUAGCUAUUGUGCUGUUGUACUGAGCUUGCUUCAAAGAGUUAGGACUCCAACAAUCCAUGAUUAUAAUUGAUUUUAGAACAACAACAAAAA